AUGGACGACGCAGCCCAGUUCAAUGCUUGCGUACGUACAUACGCAUCUUCCUCGGGUCAUGCUGACUGUGGGCAGGUUUACAAUCUUAUCCAGCUGAUCCCCCCGCAAAAGGUUACAUCGUGCGGGCAUAUCGCUAAACUGGCCGGUGUGCCUCGUUAA